CGGAGCUGUACGCAGAGUGCGCGACGCCGAUUGGAGAAUGGACGGAGCGCUCCGCCGUGCGGGACCCGGUGCGUAGGGAUGGCCGCGGCUCCGGCACAGGGUGAAAUUUUGAAAAUGAUACACAGAGAAAACUGGAAGGUGCAGCACGAGAAGCUGCAUGUGAAGCACCGGGGUCAUGAAGCGAUGCAUGCCGAGAUGGUGCUCAUCCUCAUCGCCACCCUGCUGGUCGCUCAGCUCUUGCUGGUGCAGUGGAAGCAGCGGCACUGCAGGUCCUACAAUCUGGUGACCCUGCUCCAGAUGUGGGUCGUUCCUCUCUACUUCACCGUAAAGCUGUACUGGUGGCGCUUCCUGUCCACGUGGGGCAUGUUCUCUGUCAUCACGAGUUACGUCACCUUCAGGGCCACUCGGAAGCCGCUCUCCUGCCGGACUCCUCGGCUGGUGUACAAGUGGUUUCUUCUCAUAUACAAGCUGAGCUAUGCUGUUGGUGCGGUCGGGUACCUCGCUAUUAUGUUCACCAUGUUCGGGUUUAACGUGUUUUUAAGGAUUAAAGCGGAAGACUCAAUGGAUGUGGGCGUGAUUAUGUUGUUUUACGGCUUGUACUAUGGGGUCAUGGGUCGCGACUUCGCCGAAAUCUGUUCCGACUACAUGGCUUCGACCAUAGGAUACUACAAUGUCGGAGGUAUGCCGUCAAAGAGCCUCCGCGAUAACAUCUGCGCAGUUUGCGGCCAGAAGAUCUUUGUGGAUGUAGAUGAAGAAGGAAUCAUUGAAGACACAUUUCAGCUGUCGUGCAGUCAUAUAUUCCACGAAUUCUGUAUUCGAGGGUGGUGCAUUGUGGGAAAGAAGCAGACGUGUCCUUACUGCAACGAGAAGGUUGACCUCAAGAGAAUGAUGAAGAACCCCUGGGAGAGGACCCACGUGUUGUAUGGUCGGCUGCUGGACUGGCUGCGCUACCUUGUUGCCUGGCAGCCUAUUAUAAUAGGCAUUGUCCAUGGUAUCAAUUUCACAUUAGGCCUUGAAUAACAUUUUACGGUGGCUCCCGUUUGCUCCGUUUCACAUUUGCACAUAUUUUUCAUUCAUUUAUAAUGUGUAGAAUAAAAUUUAAGUAAUCUAUUUACUUUUUGUAAAACAUGAAAUUGCUUUUAUAAUCCAUCAUUCAUUUUGGAGGCCCUUUAUUUAUUAAGACAUACUUGUUGGGAUUUUUAAGUCCACACUGUAUAUUAUUCACAUUAGAAUGGAGAUUCUUCAUUCCAGAUUUUUUUUUUUUUGGUUUCAUACUGAAAAGGGGUGAAUACAUGAAUUGUUCAGUAUUAAAGUGUUAUGCUGUUAUUUAAUUCCAGAUGUUUUACAGUGUAGAUCAGUGCUAGAAUUUCAAGUUCUACUUCAUUUCAGUAAUAUUUUCAUAGAUUUUGUCAUUUUCAAAUACUUUGUUUUACUGCAUUCCAUUUGACUUAAUCUGCUACCAUGAACAUUCCGAAUUUUUGUGCUGUAAAAUAACCUUUGACCUUUUUGUAUUGUGUG